GACGUUGGACAGUAUAUGAGUAAAGCAAUGGACAUUUUUGUGAAACAAAAACUCACCAACUGGAAUCUUGAGUGCCUCGUUGAAAAAUUUGCAGAUGAGCAGAUAGAUGAUGACAGUUUCUUUUUAUUGGAUGAGAACACAAUUGCAGCACUCAUCCCAAAAAUUGGCCUCCGACUAAAAUUUUUAAAACAUUUCCAAGAACUAAAAUUAGAUAUCCGUGCAAUACUGAUGAAAGCACCACAUGGACCCUCCAUUGUGGAGAGUCUAGAGAGUAAUAAAAUUACCACCAAGCAAAGGCGUGCAAUGGUGCGAAUUACUGUUUCUUAUCUUAUUGAGAAAUAUGGCGAAACACCAUCAACAGAGACCAAAAAGGCAAUGGCCAUGUCUCUAGUAGAGACAUUUCCCUGUCUCCGUGACCCUGAAGGAAAUGGCUUUGAGGCCUGGUUCAGCCAGGGGCGAAAACACAGGCCUUCCACAGGAUUUCUUGAGGAACGCCUUCGCAAUAUAAGAAAGAGGAUGCGGGGAUUAAGAACACAGCCCUCCGUGGUGCCUGUCUGUGAGGAGAGGUUGACUUUCAUUCCUACAUCAACUUUGUCUUCUGAGAGAGCAAUUCAGUUAAAAGAAUGGCUAAAAAACAAUACCAGACCACAGGACCAGGUUGAGCAGUAUAUGAAAGCAACUGCUCUUUUUAGGGCUCACUGGAUUCGCCAGAACAGCUCCAAACCAAUAUCUGAUAUUUUAUCAGAGUUCCCUCGUCUAAUGGAUACCCCAGGCAUGAUAUCUCAAGACUUUAGUGUACUUCACACUGAUGCUGCUGACAAAUUGUGCUCAUCCUGGUUGCCUGACUUUGCUGACAAGAUCCUGGCCUUUGCUAAAAGAAAUGGACGACAAAUGGAUUUACUGAAUUUAGACAACAUGUCUGCAGAUACCAAAGGCACCAUGGCACUGAAAAUUUUACCUCAGAUCAUUCCACCAUCAGUGUACAAGAUUGGCAACAAAACCUUCCGGCCAACUAUUGAGGAAGCCAGAACCUCUUUCAUUGAUGUACAACCAUCUGGAACCAACAUGGUGCAGUACCUACUAAAACAGAGGGAGGAGAAGCCCUUCCCAUUUGUCUUAGAACUUGGAGUUGGUGGACAGUUUUUUGUGGUGGUGAAUGGGGAAGCCCUAGAAGAGCAGACUCUCCUCAAGGCAGUAGAUGUUUGUUUUAAGUCCUUUUUUUGCUUUGACACCCACUUUCCAAAACAGUGUGCCCUUGCCUGGGAGUUUUUGCAGCAGGUAGUUUAUGAGAUGCCUGGUUCCGAAAAUUCAACAAUUCGCUUUUUGCGUGCCUCCAUUUAUGCUGCUGAGGACUAAAUUGUUUAUUAAACUAACUAAUGCAGGUAUUUUGUAUCCAUGUAUGUAUCUAUUUUUAUUUAUUUAUUUAUUUGGUGUAUUGUGAAUUGAUUUGCUACAGUUUAGUAAUUAAUGUACAUUCUUAAUAAUUAAAGCACUGCCUUGUUCCGAAAAUUUAAUUAAACAUUGUUUGAAUUAUUUGAUGCUGGACUAAAUAAAUUAAAUGUUAAAUACAAAUAUUGAUAGUAUUUAUUUAACUUGAUAUUCUGUAAAAUAACUAUUUGCUAUUAUUUUGUCAUCCAAAAGUUUUUUAAUAGUUUUUUAAUUUUCUGCCUGGUUCAGAAUAAAAUGAUCAUUUUUGC